AUGCAAAACAAUGAACAUUUUAAGAAAAAAGAUAUUGAUCUCUCAGAUGUGAAAUUAGAAAAAUUUAAAAAAGCAGCAUUUGAAGUUAUUGAAUAUAAAGAUAAAAUUAUAAGAAUGCUAUGUGCUAUUUUAGAAGUACAGGGAACUACUACACUAAAUAUUAAAGAAUUUAUUUCUAAUGCUACAGAUGUAACAAACGAUAAUCUAUUUAUGAACAAUGAAUAUGAAUUAAAAGCAAAUAAAAAAAAAACAUCAUCUAGAAAAAGAACAUUAAUAAAUAUUCCUGAUUUUAGAACUAUAAAAAAAAACAAAGAACUAAAUUUAUUUUCUACACCUAAUAAGAUAAAUGAAGAAUUAAAUAAAGAAAAUCAUUUCUCUGAUUCUAUUCUAAGCUCUUAUAAAUUAUCUUUAAAAGAAAAGAAUUAUGAAAAUAAAAUAAUUGAUAAUAAUUUGAAAUGUAAUUUUUCAGAGAAAAAAAACCUUCAAGAACAAAUUGUUAAUAGUUCGCAAAAAAAGAAUGAAAACAGUUGGAAUACUUUACAAAAAAAGAAUGAUGGAUUCGUUAAAAAUAUUCUUGAAAGUCAUAGAAAAGCUUUAGAAAAUUUCCGAAACAACGAAGCUAAUUUUGAAUGCACAUAUAAAUCAGAUUCUCAGAUGGAUAUAAAGACAUCAAAGAAUACACCAAAAAUAAAAGAAACAAUUAAUGAAGAAUGUCAAUUAUGCUUAAUGCCAAAUACUGAAUCUUUGCAUGGAAAUUUCCCACCAAUAUUUUAUAAAUUAAAUUGUGAUCACGUUUUUCAUUUAAUGUGUCUUUAUGAAAUAAUAAUACGCAGGGAAUGUAGAAAAACUUGUUGUAUUUGUCACAAUGAAUUAGAUGAAGAAGAUAAAGAUAAUAUUAUAAGAAGAGUAAAAAGAGAGAAAAAAGAAAAUGAUAAAAAGAGUAAACUUUUAUUUAAAGUUAUGAAAUUGCAAUCUAACAACAAGAAUCAAAAAUAA